AUGCACCCUCACCUCCUCCUCCCAGCCCUCCUGGCAAUGACAUCCACAACCCUCGCCUCCAACCCUCACAACCUGCGCAACAUCCACAACAACAAUCGUCGCCAAGCAGUAACAAUCCAAACCGACACCACCGCCAACAACGGCUUCAUAACCACCGCCACCACCACCGAUUCGAACGGCGACCCAAAAACAAUGACUUGGUUCACGGUGCCUAGUGAUGGUGGGCCUGGUGCUACUACCGGUACUGCUACUGUGACCGCAACCGUGACGAAUAGCGGGUCGUUGUCGACGAUUACUUCUGGGUCGGGAGCUGGACAGGCGCCGAGUACGAGUGGUUCGACUGCGGGUGCCGCGAGAGUUACGGGCGUGGUUGGGAUGGGAGCGGUGGGAAUGGGGGUUUUGGUUGUGGGUGGGUUUGCGGCUGGUUUGUAA